AUGGCAAAAGGCAGCAAAGGCUCCAGCGGUCGUACCCCGCAGACCUUCGCAGAUGCACCGGUCACGACCGACCCGCGUUUCGCAAAGGUUCACACCGAUCCUCGAUUCUUGAAGCCCAAACGAGAUGAUACCAAAGUCGUCGUAGAUGAUCGUUUCAAAGGUCUCUUCGAAGAUGACAAGAGUAAGAAGAAGAAGAGUGACAAGUACGGAAGGAAGGUAGGAAAAGGACAGAGUGAUGCAGAGCAGAUGAAGCGGUUCUAUCGGUUGGAGGAUGGCGAUUUGGAUCCGAGCAAGGAGGGCGACGAAGCAGAGGAGGAAAGCGAUGAGGAGGAUCAAGAUGCUGCGCCGGUAGAUUACGCCCGUGGUGAGGGCAACUUGGACAGCAGCUCUGAUGAGGAAUCUUCGGAAGAGGAAGACAACGAUGAUGACAGCGAGGAUGACAGCGAGGACGACGAUAGCGAGGACGACGAUGUUAUGAUCGGACCCUCGAGCGUCCUCGAUCGAGAAAGGAGGAAGAAGGCUGCUCGCGCUACCCGCUUUGACGAGGACGAGGAAGACGACGACGGCCUCGGAUCCGACAUUGGCGAAAUCGACCUGGACGAAGACGUCGAUGAAGCCGUCUACGCCCAACUCGAUGCACAAGCCGAACGUGCCAUUGCCGAAGGUGGCAUCGAAGGCGACGAGUCCGACUCUGAUGCAGAAGCCUCUUCGUCGCGCAAGAAGAGCAAAGGCAAGGAGAGAACGCGCAAGACCAAGUCGAGCAAAAACAAGGUUCCACGCGGAGACGACACAUGCCGCCUUGCCGCCGUCAACCUGGAUUGGGAUCACGUUCGAGCCAAGGACAUCUACAAGGUAUUCAGUAGUAUCGUCUCACCCCUCGCAUCCGUCUCUGCCGCAGACGCACUUCAAGCACACCGUCGAGCUGCCGCCGCUGAAGGCUCCUCUUCGUCCUCUAGCCGAGCCCGCGCCGCUCCUGCCAUCUCACAAGUCCGAGGCAAACUGCUCCACGUUCGCGUCUACCCCAGUGACUUUGGUAAAGAGCGAAUGGCCAAAGAAGACCUCGAAGGUCCUCCACCCGAGAUCUUCAAAGGGUCCAAACGACGCGACGGAGACGAUUCCUCAUCUGAAGACGAAGAGAUCACCGCCAAGACGAUCGUCCAAGUCGAUGAGGGUGGCGAGUUCGACGAAGAAGCGCUUCGAAGGUACCAGCUCGACCGUCUGCGCUACUACUAUGCAGUUGCUACCUUUGACAGCAAAGAAACUGCGCGUCACGUGUACAACGAGAUCGACGGUACAGAGAUGGAGCGCACCGCCAACGUGUUCGACCUGCGCUUUGUUCCGGACGGCAUGGACUUCCCCGACGGGGAGGAUGGCAGGGAUGCCGAGUUCAGAGAUGAAGCGACCGAAGACGCGGCCAACUACAAAGGUGUCGACUUCAAGACUGACGCAUUGCGACACUCGCGUGUCAAGCUCACGUGGGAUCAGGACGACCCUGAGCGAUCCAAGCUGACCCGUAUGGUCGCUCGCGGUGGGUUGAGCAAAGAACAGCUGCGAGAUGACGAUUUCAAGGCGUACCUGGCGUCUGAUACCGAGUCCGAACCUGACGAGGAUCAAGUUGCGGCCAAGAAGGGAAGGGAUCGUCUGCGUGCACUGCUCAACGUGGAUGGAGGCGAGGAUGCGGUAGGUUUUGGAAGGAAGGGCAAGCGAAACGGCGGAGUCUUUGAUGACCCAAGACGGGAUGAGGAGGAGCAGGGCGAGAUGCAGAUUACUUUCAUGCCAGGCUUGUCCGAAGCCGCCGCUAGGAAGGCAGCCAACAGCAACAAGAAGGCGGGCGACGAGGACGAGACGACACUGGAGAAGUACCUGCGCAAGCAGAAAGAGAAGAAGGAACGCAAGAAAUCUCAGCGUACCGACGAGGACGGCGGACAGGCCGACAACAAGGACGAUAACGCCGUCAACGGUGCCAUCGACAGCAACGAUGCUGGCUUCGAUGAUCCGUUCUUCAACAACGAUGACAUGGACAUGGAAGCUGCUCUCGCCGCCGAAUUCGGCGAAGGUGUCCCUUCCAACAACACCAAAUCAUCAAGCAAGAAGUCCAAGAAAGUCACUCGCGACCUCGACAGUCCAAUCGAUCCAACCGAACUCGCCCGUAGCCGAGCCGAACUCACGACCAUCAUCGGCGACACCAACGACGAAGUCACCGCCGACGGUCGUCAGCACUUUGACAUGAAAGACAUCCUGCGCUCCGAAAGCGGCAAAGACGCCAAACGAGCCAAGCUGCUCAAGCGACUGUCCAAGAAGAAGCAACGCGAGGAAGCUGCGUUCCAGGAGCUGAAGGGGGCGCCGUUGGUGCAGGAUAGCUUCGAGAUCGAUGCCAAGGACGAGCGAUUCAGCGCGUUGAUGGACGAUCAUCGGUUUGCGAUCGACCCGACGCAUCCUGGGUUUGCGAAGACGAAGGCGAUGGAGAAGAUUAUGGGUGAGAGGAGGAAGAGGUUGGAUCGUGCGGAUGGGGAUGAGCAGGCGAGAUUGGGCAUGGAAAGGCAAGGUGGGGAAAAGGCGGUGGGCGAUGGGAGAGAGGGAGAUUCCGAGCUUUCGGCGCUGAUCGAGAAGUUGAAGCGUCGUGGGGAUGGACCUGCAAACGGAGAUGGUGGGCAGGUGUCGAAUAAGAGGAGAAAGCGAAAGUCGAUCGCUUGA